AUGUCAUCAUCUUCACAGCGCAGUCCCAGUAGCCAAUUUCCCGUGCCAAAUUCCCUGCCGUCUUAUUGGCGGAAACAGCCUGCUGCAAUCGAUAAUCAUCGCAGUACCACCGACCUAGUUGCUGAGGCAGACAUUGUAGUCAUUGGCGCUGGUUAUUCCGGCGCGUCGAUUGUACAUCACCUGGUGGAAGAAAGUUUGCGCGCUGGCAAGGCAAUUCCCUCGAUAGUAAUUCUCGAGGCGCGCGAGGCUUGUUCGGGGGCUACGGGGCGAAAUGGUGGACAUCUGAAACCAGACCCUCUGUUGCGGCCAGCUGGUCUGCUAGAUGGUCAUGGUGCAGCCAUCGCGGAGCAUGUGGCGUCGUUUGAGCAGCGCCAGGUCACCGCCAUCAAGGAACUCGUCGAGCGCGAGAGUAUUGACUGUGACUUUGAAGAGACGACUGUAAUGGACAUUUGCAAGUACGCCCAAGGACGGAAUAAGAUGAAGGCCAGUAUCGACAAGAUUAGCAAAGCGGGUAUUUCCACUGCAAAGAUGAUAAGGUUUUAUGAAGGCAGGGAGGCUGAAGAGGUCUCUGGCGUGCGAGGAGCACUGUCGUGUCACACAUACAGCGGUGCACGUCUUGCGCCCUACCAAUUGGUGGCGCAUCUUUUGCAGAAAGCGGUUACCCAAGGAGUCAACCUGCAAACGUUCACGUCCGUCGAGAGUGUCCAAGCUAUCGAAGACGACACACAGAGUUACAAGUGGGCAGUCGACACUCCACGCGGAACGGUGAAGACGAAGACAGUGAUCUUUGCUACAAAUGGGUACACAUCUGCCUUGAUCCCCGAGAUGAAAGGGAAAAUCGUACCUGUUAGGGGCAUGGUUGCACACAUUACAGCACCAAAUGCACCACAGCUGAAACACAGCUAUAUGAUGCGGUUAUCGGACCACGAAUACGAUUACAUGAUUCCGCGACCAGAUGGCAGUGUCGUAGUGGGAGGUGGACGGCGGGACUUCUACAAGAACUUGAGUGAUUGGUUUGAUGUUGUUGAUGAUAGUAAGUUGAUUGAUGCUGGUAAAGACUACUAUGACGGGUACAUGCAGCGUCAUUUUUUUGCAUGGGAGAACACUGGUGCUCGUACGGAAGAUUUGUGGACUGGAAUCAUGGGAUAUUCCAACGACGAAUUCCCGUAUGUUGGUCCUGCUUGCGGACGACUGGGACAAUACGUUUGCGCUGGUUUCACGGGCCACGGUAUGCCGCAGAUUUUCCUGUCAGCGAAAGCAGUAGCGGUGAUGACUCUCACUGGAGAUACGGAGAAUGUUGAUCUGCCUUUGCCAUAUCGCAUUACUCCGGAGAGAUGGUCUGAGCGGAAAGAGCAUGCGGCUCGAGAGACUUGGGAACGAGUUCAAAAAUGUGAACCUGUCCUAGCGGCAAAACUAUAG